AAUGAUUUAGCCGUUGUAUUUUGUUUCCGCCAUAUGGCGGAAGUAGUUUUAUUUUGAAAGUGAAGGUUCGGCGAACGUAAACAACCUGCUUUCGCACUGUCUAAAAGACUGUGGCCAUGUCAGCCGCACUGCGUUGCCUGUUGGGAGGCUGCAGUAGCUGGAGGCUGUUGUGCGGUGUCACCCAACAUCCUCUCCACAUCAGAUGCGUCGGCGGUGCAGCUGAAGUGGGCACAAGACCGUCUAAGGAAGAGCAGCUCGGGGAAACAGAGGGAUCCUUGCCCUUUUCUGCAGCCCGGCUCGGACCUUUCUUUCAGGACAGACCUGUCCUCAAGAACCCUUUUUUGGAGGAUGCCUUGCUCAGGGGGUACUUAAGGAGACACCUUCCUCAGGAGGCAGUCUUCUCAGACUUGCGUGCCUUUGGCGAGCGCGUGGCCACUGAGGUGGACGGUUGGGGCCGAGAGUGUGAGGUCACUCCGCCACGCCUGGAGCAUUUUGACCCUUGGGGCCGCAGAGUGGACCACAUCUUGACCUCUCCGGCAUGGAAACGCAUGAAAGAGCUGUCGGCGUCUGAGGGAAUGGUCGCCAUCGCCUAUGAGAGAUCGUUUGGAGAGUGGAGUCGGGUUUAUCAGAUGAGCAAGUUGUACCUCUUCUCCCCCUCCUCUGGACUCUACACUUGUCCUCUGGCCAUGACUGACGGAGCUGCCAAAGUCAUUCAGUCCAUAGGAGUUACAUGGCCGGUAGAAGAAGCCUACAAACGACUGACAACUCGUCACCCUGAACGUUUCUGGACAUCCGGACAGUGGAUGACGGAGAGACAAGGAGGUUCCGAUGUAGCAAGUGGUACUGAGACAGUGGCAGUUCCCCAAACAGAUGGUUGGUACAAACUCCAUGGCUUCAAGUGGUUCACCUCUGCCACUGAUGCAGACAUGACGCUUACACUAGCCAGAGUGCGCGACAGAGCAGGAGCGACCACCCCGGGUAGUCGAGGUUUGUCUCUGUUCUACGCCGAGGUGAGUCGAGACCAAGAUGGCCGUCUGAGAGGGAUAGAAGUUCAGAGGCUGAAGGACAAGCUGGGAACCAAACAGAUGCCAACAGCAGAGUUACUGCUGGACGGCCUGCUGGCACACAAGCUGUCAGAAGACGGAAGAGGUGUGUCCUCCAUAGCCAACAUGCUGACUAUAACCAGGAUCCACAACAGCAUCUCUGCAGCAGCAGCAAUGAGAAGGGUGGUCCAGUUAGCUCGUGACUACGCCACUCGCCGCACUGCUUUCGCAAAGCUUCUUAAAGACCACCCGCUGCACAUGCAGACUCUUGCCAGGAUGGAGACUCUGAUGCAGGUGGAGACCCGUGGGGCUUUCCUUCUAGUGAUGGACGUGUGUCGCCUGCUGGGCCGAGAGGAGAGCGGCGUCGCCACCCAGCUUGAUGCACACCUUUUGCGUCUGCUCACACCCGUUGUCAAACUCUACACUGGGAAGCAGGCAGUGGCCGUGGUGUCGGAGGGCUUGGAGAGUUUUGGCGGUCAAGGCUACAUCGAGGACACAGGGUUGCCUGGAUUACUUCGGGAUGCACAGGUGCUGAGCAUUUGGGAAGGCACCACAAACGUUUUGUCUCUGGAUGUUCUGCGCUGUGUGGCCCGAAGCUCAGGAAUGGUUCUUCAUGCUUAUUUCACUCACGUCAAAUCCUUACUUGCAGGAGCUUCAGGUGUUUCCUCUCUGAGCCCAGCUGUGGGAGCAGUAGACAGUGCUCUCUCUAAACUGGAGGGUUUUAUCAGGGAGGCAGCAUCCAGACCUCCAGGCUACCUGGAACUAGCAGCCAGAGACCUGGCCUAUAGCCUGGCUCGCAUAUUCACAGGUGCUCUUCUCAUUGACCAUGCAAGUUGGAUGGGAGCAUCGCCGUCCGACACCUAUGCAGCUCUCAGGUGGUGUGAACAGGACUUGUGUCCCGUGGCUUCUAACCAGACUAACUAUAAACCCGACUGUCCAGGACUUGAUGCAGCACUUGUCUUUGACCAGACAACUGAAGGCUAAAACUGACACAUUGUACUUCUAAUGUGACAUGCUGUGCUUCUUAGUGUUUGACCUGCUUAUUAUAUUUUUUUAACAAACUACAUCAAUUUAAAAAAAAAAACAGGACCGAUUUCAUUGUUUUUCAUGUCUAAUGGAAUUGAGAAAAUACAGGCAAACAUUGUAAGUAAUUACUGUUAGUUUUAAAAAAUAUAUUUUUCCUAUCAUCAAAACAAUGGAAAAGAUGAUCAUGAAAUAAUUAUUCACUUAGUAAUAUGCUGUUGUCCACUACAUAGGACAUGGAAUAAAAAUAAAUUUUCUGACCGCCCAAAAAUUGUGACAUAUUGUUUCACCCAAGAGGAUUAUUUGAUGCUAAAAAAAAUUGCAAGUCUUUUCAUGUACUGCACAGAUGUUAAACUCAUGGCCCGGGAGCCUGGUCUGGGCCGACACUUUGUUUCAUGUGGCCUGCAAAAGCCUGGAAAUGUACAUCAAUAAAAAAUGAUAAACUUAAAAAAGGUCUUCUUAUCAAAACAAUGGAAAAGAUGUUGCAUGAAAUAAGUAUUUAGUACUAGUGGGAAGGGAUUCACAUGGCCCCAUUCUUGGGUGGAUCUAGCGUGAGAGGAAGAAAGGGGGUUGAUUGUGUUGUAAUGCAGUCUGCUGAAAAUGAUGGAAAGCACCACUCUAUAUAGCAACUGACACUUUGGUCAAAGUUAGAGUUGCCACAAAACACAUUUUAAGAUAUUCAACGCUACUGCCAUCUGGCGGCUGUAGUGGAUAGUGCAUGCCCCAAAUUUGUCACGUUUCGUGUGUCAGGUAAACCGUGACAAAUGGGGCCAUAUGAAUCCCCUUCUUAUUGUAGAUACAGUUGGCCAAUACAAAGGCUAUUACAUACAAAUAACUUUUAUGACCCCCCCCCCCAAAAAUAGGCAUUUUGUUUCACCCAGGAAUUGCAAAAAAAAAAAAAAGCAACAAUUUUCAUGUACUGGACAACGCACAACACAGGGGCCAGAUCUGC